AUGAAAGUUACAUCGAUUAUUGCCACUAUGAUGGUAGCACAGGUUUCAGCUUCAUUUUUGGAGGUAUUUCAAGGUGCGGUGCUAUCAGUUCAAAAUAGUUUUGGAAAACUUUUUAGUGACGUAGUAACCGAUGUCAAAGAUACUGUUGACUGUACAAUAUUAGCAGUAGAACACAUCCUUUCUCUGAGUGAGGAUGCAACAGCCCGCUUUACCAAAAAAUGUGCAAGUGCAAAAAAAUAUACUCAGAGUGAUUCCCAAUUAAAAAAUAACUUUCCUGUGCUUGAAAUUUCAAUUGCGAACAAUGAGGAAUACUUGAAGAAAGAGCUACCAGAGGAAAUUGAUGCUAGAAUUAAUGCAACGCUAUUAAAAUAUUUAAACGGUUACAAUCCACACGAUAAAUUAGAAGUCGUUCAAAAGGAGUUAGCUAAAGAAACUGAGAGGUUGGCCGAAGUUAGUGAUUUAGUAAGGCAACAAUUAGACAAAUUGUCUAAGGAGAUUCACCUUGACUUCACUAAUGCAGAACGGAAGGGUUACAAACCCUCUGUAGAUAGUAUAUUAGAUGAAUUAAAAGUAUUAGAAGCGAUUGAACAAAGCAUACGAAAUUCUUCGGAAGCUAAUGAAAUUCACCGAUUAGUCGACGAUGUUCUUAAUAAAUUACAUGCAAUAGAAUCUUCUGGAGCCAAGCAAAAUGACAAAGUAAAUGGCAUUUUGAGAGACUUAGAAAAGAGCUCUAAUAGAAGCUACAAGCAUAUGAGACAGCAGUUGGAAGAUUGGAAGGCAGAAGAAGCUAGACAUUUGAAUGUAAUUAAAGCUAAGAUGGAUGAGCAUGAAAAGUUACCUAAACAUUUAGAAUAUGCGAAAAUGGAAAAUACAUUCGCAAUCAUUGAACGACCAAAGAUAUCUCUGGUCCCUAUUGAAAAAGAAAUUGUUUCAAAGACCGGACCUUUAAGUUCAAAUAAUACUGUGGAGUCCAUACAGCCAAACAUUGUAACAAAUACAGACAGCAAAUUUCUUACAUUUAUAACUGAACAGAUUACAAGUACUCCAAAAAUAGCUAUUCAACCAUCGCUUCACGCCACAAGCCCUGUACAAAUAAAUGACGCUUCAAGUGUUAUUACACCUGUUUCGAUAAGUACAAGUUCGUAUGUAAAUGAGAUUAUUGUCGAUGUUAUGACAACGUUGAUUCCACAAAGAAUUAAAGAACCGAUCUUUGAUCCUAUGCCAGACACAACGUUCACAGAGAAAACACUUCAUUCUAUGAAUUUGGAUGCUCGACAAUCGACUAUCGAACUUUUAGAAAGAAGAACAACAAUCUCUGCAAUGACUUCAGAAUCAGCUACAAGUCUACUAGUGACGGCUACCGACCCUACUAAGAGUUCAACAACGAUUCCUGAACCGACAACAAGUAUUCCAAUGACGGCUCCUGAGCUUACAAUUCUUGCAACGACUCUAGAACCUACUACGAGUCUAGCAAAGACGGCUAUUGAGUCUACUACAAAUGAUGCAACGAACCUAGAAUCUACUAACAGUCUGAUAGUGACGGCUCCUAAGCCUCCUACUAGGUUUGCAAUGACCCCAGAAUUUACUACAGAUCUUUCACUGAUGGCUCCUGAAUCUACUGCAAAUCUUACAGCGACCCCUGAACCUAGUGCGUAUCCUUCAAUGACGCCUACUGAGCGUGAUACAAAUCCUACAACACUACCAGAACCUAACAGGGAUCUUCCAGUGACGACUACUGAGCCCGCAACUAGUUCUGCAGUAAACCCAGAACCUACAUUGGUUCUGGUUGUAACCACACCUGAGUCAACAAGAAAUCCUGGAACGAACCCAGAACUUAGCACGGAACUUCAAGUGAUAAGUGGUCGCAAAAUAAAUUCUGUAAUGAUGGCAAAAUCUACUAUAAAUAUUCCAGUGAUGGAUACGGCUGUUACUACGAGUCCUACGAUGACCCAAGACCCAAAUAAGAGUCUUCCAGUGACGGCUUCUAGGCUUAUAAGUUUUGCAACGACACCAGAACCAACUACGAAUCCUCUAAUGACGAGUACAGAGUCCACUACAAAUCUUACAACGACCAGAGAACUUAAAAUGCACCUUCCACUGAACUCUUGA